AUGGCGGAGGCGAUUAUAUUCAAGGUCUCGCAGAUUUUGCUGGAUCAGAGGAGAAGAUUGGAAAAUUUGCAGCGGAAAGGCCGCUCUAUAAGUGUGGUGGACUCGCGGCCAUGGAUCGUUGGCUGCGCUGCCUGGCUUCUUGUGCCUCUCGUUUUCGUGCUAUGCAUGAUUCCCAUUACCAACCGAGUUAAAUUGGAUGACAGCAGUCAGCUUUGGAACCUCUCCCCUUCUGUGUGGUCGCCUGUAGCGGCGUGGGAGCGGCCCGGGUGCAUUCUCACUCUCGACUCGCGCUACACCCCCCAGGGGGUGCUGGCAGUGGAGGCGGCUGUAGCGCAGCUGCUGAGGGACCUUGGGGGGAGACGGUUGAAUGAAGGGGAGGGAGAGGAAGAGGGGCAGGGGAAAGAAGGGGGGCAGAGUAAGGAAGAGGGGCAGGAGAAGGAAGAGGGGCAGGGGAAGGAAGAGGGGCAGGGGAAGGAAGAGGGGCAGGGGAAGGAUGAGGGGCAGGGGAAGGAAGAGGGGCAGAGGGAAGGAGGGAAUCAGAAGGAGACGGAAAAGGAGAGAGGAAAAGGAGGAAAGGGGAUGCCUGAGGCGUGGCGGAGGUUCUAUGGGUUGCUGCCUAAGGUGGUGGAUGCGGACGGGAAUGAGGAUCAGAGGAAGAUGUCUAUAUGGGUGACUCUGGCCGUCAACAUGAUAUACACGCGGCGGCAUGGGUACCGACUCGUGGUGGAGAAUGGCUCAAAAUACACACCGGACAGACACCCGGCCUGGUUCAAGGUGCGGAUUCUGCAGGAGCAGCUGGCAUGCUGCUGCCAGUGGGCCUUCUUUGUCGACUCAGACGCCUACAUUCGCAUGAACCACCACCGCCUCUCAGUGGAAGCCUGGAUCCAAGCCAUUAAGCAACCCAACUACUUCAACUGGCUGCUGGAUGCGAAAUUGACAGAAUCACUGGACGGACAGGUGUGGGUUCCACAGGACCCCGCUCUACUGCUACAGCCAGCCACCGCACGACAGCUGGAGGGACCUGUGGUUCUGAUGCCACGGAAUGGGGACUCGCAGGGUGGGUUUCAUGGGAGCGCCGACGUGCUGUUUAUGGAGCACCAGGACUAUUGCAAUUCGGGGGUGCUGCUCUUUAGACGGUCACUGGACACUUUCCAGUUCUUGAAGCAGUGGUACACGAUUACCGAAUCAGACGAGCACUAUCGAUACAAUCACGAAUGGGAGCAACCAAAACUGAACGCCGUAGCUCUCCAGGAGCAGUGGAAGGGGAAGGUGAUAGUGGUCCCGUAUGCGGAGCUCACAGGUCCCAACGGAGCCAUGGUUCGGCAUGUGUGGGGUGGCGUGCCUGAGGGAGCACAUCACAGGGUGUCAAUGGAGGCCUUGGAGGAGAUCAUGGGGUUUCGGCAGUGA